AUGAAGAAUGGUUUAUUAAUUAUUCAUCCAGCUAUCACUACAACACCAGAAAAGGUGGAAAUUCAAAAAAAUUUGGCAGAAUCGCAAAACGUUAAUAUUGAUAACCAAUACUUGAUCACAAAGAUCCAAGAUGAAUCAGUUAGUUUGAUCAAUGAUAAUUAUGACGUCGUCUAUUAUUUGACUCCUGAAAAGUUGGAAGAUAUGAAAUUUUCAGAAAGAUUAAUCAGCACUAUUGGUAAAUCAAUGAAAAUUGGUGGUCAGUUUUUCGGUUUAAGUGAUAAAUUCAAAUUGAACGCUCUAUUAAAUGGUUUUAUUGUAAUCCCUGAAGAACAAUCUGAAGGUCUUGGCUAUCAUUGGGUUAAGAAGGAAGAUAAGAAUUCUUCUCAAGCGGCCGCUGUUUCCUUGGCUCCUGUUAGUUUGAAAAAGAAAUCUAUUACAAAAGCUACCAAUGGUAAGUUACCUACUUUUGUAAGAAAGAAUGCCAAUCCAUUACCAUCAUUCAAGCCUGCUGUAGCAUCUCAAGCUGAACAACAUGACCAAGAUAUAGAUGAUGACGAAGGUGUCGAUAAGAAUAAACAAGCAUUAUUGGCGUCUUUACUUAAUAACAGUGAGCAAGAAAGUUUCUCAGAGAAGGAUUUGAUCGACGCACGUGUAAGCAGUGCCCGUGAGGACAAGAUUACGGCUGUAGAAUGUAUCCACACAGGUGUCAAGCGUAAGAAAGCCUGCAAAGAUUGUUCUUGUGGAUUAAAAGAAGAAGAAGAAGCUGAAAUUGAUGGUGUUAGAGCUGCCCAGGAUCGGGUGGUUGUCCAAUUCACACCAGCAGAAUUGACUGAAAUUGACUUCACCAUUGAAGGUAAAAAGGUUGGAGGGUGUGGCUCAUGCACUUUGGGGGAUGCUUUCCGUUGCGAUGGUUGCCCUUACUUGGGUCUACCGGCAUUUACUCCAGGUCAAGCUAUCAACUUGACUGCUAUUUCAGAUGACUUGUAA